AUGUCAGAUCACCUCAAUGGCACAGCAAAUGGAGCCGAUGGAAAUACUCUCAAUGGGCACACAACAGCUGCAGCAGCGAAAGAUCCUCCGCCAAGAAUUUUAUUCAAUGUCUGUCGAAAAGAGUUGUAUCACCCUAACAAGGGUUACAAACAAUUGGCACGACGACUACGUCAGGUAAGUACUGUUGAUAUGAAUAAAGAGGAUGUUACCAUUGAACGUCUUCUUCCAUAUGAUAUUGUUGUAUUUGCUGCCCCUCAAGAAAAGUUAAGUGAAGAAGAUCUUGCUGCUAUUCGAGAAUAUGUAGAGCAUGGUGGAUCUGUUAUUAUGUUAUUUGGUGAUGGUCAUGGUGGUCGCUACUCCUACUUGAACCAAACAUUAGAAGAAUGGACAGGUGUUACCCUUAAUGAAGAUUGUGUUGUACGAACAGUUAUGAAUAAGUAUUUACAUCCUAAAGAGGUGUGCGUGGCAAAUGGAGUAACAAAUCGUGCUAUUAAUAAAGCCGCUGGUAAGAAUGUUAUUGGUGCACCUGGUUAUCAAGGAGAACGUACAGGUAUUAAUGCAGGAGCUUCUGUUUUUGGGGAUCGUUCUGUUCCAUUAACAUUAAAUCGUACAGUUGCUGCUGGAGGAUUGGGAGUUGCUACAAUGAAUCCUGCGGCAAUGUCUAUUCAACAGCAAAUAGCAGAAGAAGCAGCGGUAGAAGGACCGACAAGUCUUGUAUUUGUUUACCCACAUGGUUUAAGCUUUAAUGUGAAUCGUCCUGGUGUACCAAUUCUUAGCAGUGGGUUUAUGGCAUAUCCGCUCAAUCGUCCCAUCACCGCCGUAUGGGAAAGUAAUGAAGUGGUAGAGCACAACAACAGAAAAAAACAAGGUAAACUUUUACUUAUUGGAAGUGCUCUUGUAAUGGAAGAUAGUUGGUUUGGAAAGGAAGAAAAUGAGUUAUUAUCAACAGUUCUCUUUGAUUAUAUGAAUCAUAAAGUGAAACUUAAUCAAAUUGACGCUGAUGAACCAGAUAUAACAGAUUAUAACUAUGUUCCUGAUAUCGCUUCUCUCUCUGAACGUUUACGUGUGGCAGUGGAACAACAAGAGGAACUCCCUCGAGACUUUACUAAACUCUUUCAAAUGGAAACAUUUAAACUUGAUACUGAUAUUAUACCAGAAGUUAUUGAAGCGUAUCAAAAACUAAAUGUAAAGCAAGAACCCUUAACGCUUAUUCCUCCUGAAUUUCUUACACCUUUGCCACCUGUUAAACCAGCAGUGUUUGAACCUACACAUCGUGAUCCUAUGCCUCCAGCACUAGAUCUUUUUGAUUUGGAUGAAGAAUUUGCACCAGAGAGGGUACGACUCAGUCAGUUAACGAAUAAAUGUAAACCUGAUGAUGUCCAGUUUUACAUUUUACAAGGUGCAGAGAUUCUUGGGGUAACGAAGAAACUUCGAAGUCCACGUAAUCGUGACCCUCGUGCAUUAUUGGAUUACGUUUUCCGUCAAGUGGUGCAAUACAAAAAAGUGAAUGCGGAAGGUCCUCGUGCCUCUUACAAUGCCGGUAUGGACAGUUACGCUGCAGACACUAAUGCUGCUGCUGCCGCUGCUGCUGGUAGUAUGACACGCGUUAUUCGUGUUUCCACUAAUGCCGAUGGAAAUAGAGAUGCCACACCUUUUGAUGAAAAUGUGCCGUGGACUCUACAACUUCAGGCUGAUUUUGGAAGUGGGAGCAUCACAGGGAAACUUACACUUCAUGAGUCUUCUUCACGCUUUCCAGCACAGGAAGCUCCAUUGGAGGGAACCAUUAAACCCCCUGGGGAACGUGAAUAUCCAAUGGAGUGGGGUGUACUUCUUCAGGGCUCAAAUUUAGAGCAAACCUUUUUCGUCUUUCUCGCCAUGUUGCAGGGGAACUCACUGCGAGGUGUCUGCGAAGUUGCUGGGGGAAAUGGUAAUACACGCAAUUUUGUGUACGCAAUUGAAGAACUGUAG